GUAACCAGUUUUCUCUACUCCGAGUUGUUGAACUUAUUAGUUUAGUAAAAUAUUUCUUUAUUAUGUGGUUACUGUAUUUAUUAAGUUGGGUUUCCCUGUUCAUCCAAAUAUGCUUUUUUACAUUGUCAAUAGCUUGUGGUUUGUAUUAUCUGGCGGAAUUAGUUGAGGAGUAUUGUGUCAUAUCUGGAAAAAUUAUAAAAUAUACUUUAAUUAUUGUAACAGGCAUUCAACUUCUCUUUCUCUUGACCGAAGAUUUGCCUAUGCCUCUAAUAAUUUGUGGUAUUGCUUGUAAUGCUUGCUAUGGAUUGCUAUUGAAAACAUUUCCUGUUUUUGACUUAACUUCCGUACCCUUCGUAGCUAGUGUGUUGCUAUUGCUGCUACAUCAUUAUUUAGCUUUCACCCAUUUCUCCAAAGUUUGGUAUGAGUUUAGUCAUGUGUUAGCCUAUUUUACUGUUUGUUUAUGGAUUGUACCAUUCGCUUUACUGGUCUCCUUGUCUGCAAAUGACAAUGUUCUACCGAUAACUGUUUCUCAACCUAAUGAAACCAACCAAGGUGAUGAUAUUGUAAGCUCUAUAUUUCGAAAGCGUGGAAAACGUAUGGGAUUAUUAAACUUUUUAAGGAACGCUCAAGAAUCUAUUCUUCCUCAAAAAGUUAAAAAGAGUUUUUGA